CCGUUAUGCGUUCGCUCUUGACAGUGAGACCAGUCGAGCGUCGCAUGCCGGCGAGGAUUGUCGAGAUAAGGACAGCGUCCAGGGCGUAAUGGCUGAGGCGUCCGAGCUUUCCCCAGAGGCCAAAUGUCAGCAAAUUGAGGAAAACCAUCUUGAUCGGAAGGCCGGGGGAAGAAUCGGGUAUGGCUUCGUUUCGUUUGAUUUCGAGUUGUCUUUUGGUUUGUUUUCCCCGUUCGUAUAUCGCAGGGGAAGACCGAGCCGAGGGAUCGAAUAACAGGCGCGGAAAUACGUACUCUGCAAUGCACAAAGGCUUGAAGCGCUGCGAGGAUCGGUUCGGGAGGGGUUUGCAACUUGUCGGUGAGCUUGAAGCUUGGAUGAAAGAUGAUGGAACGAACUAAAGGCGAUGGCGAGAGAGAAAAGCCGACGAUAACGGCGGAGAACAGGUGCUCGCCGCGCGAACCAAGCCCCAUGUG